CGCCUCGGGACGGCAAAAGGGGAGGCGGGGUCCUUCUCUAGGUCUGUCGCACAGGCAGAGGCUGCGAGCCGCUGAGACCAGGAAUCAUGUAUUACAAAUUUAGUGGCUUCACGCAGAAGUUGACUGGAGCAUGGGCUUCGGACGCCUAUAACCCGCAGGGAUUAAGGCCUGUGGUUUCCACAGAAGCACCGCCUAUCAUAUUUGCCACACCUACUAAACUGACCUCUAGUUACCCUGCAUAUGAUUAUGCUGGGAAGAACAAAGUUCCAGAGCUGCAGAAGUUUUUCCAGAAGCCUGACGGGUUGCCUGUGCACCUCAAGCGGGGCCUGCCUGACCAGAUGCUCUACCGGACCACCAUGGCACUGACACUGGGUGGGACAAUCUACUGCCUCAUCGCUCUCUACAAGGCUGCGCAGCCCAGGAACAACUUACAGGGCUGAGAGCAAGGCUCUAGCUCACAACGCCAUCGUCACACACAAGGGAAUCGUGCCCCAGCUAGCUGUUCUCCACAGAAAAGUGCUGCUGCACAGCCGUGGGUACCAGCCAUCUGCUCAACUGACAUUUCACAUAAAGUGACACUGUGAAGAGGAACAGAUUCCAAAUAAUUAUAAGUGGUUACAAUUUAUUAUAGGGACACUUGCUAAAGUUCUAAGCCCAAUGUGCUCCCUCAGUGCCAAUGAUCACUUAAAUGUUGACUAAUAACAGAAUUAUUGGAAAUAAAAUAGAAAGCACUGGUAAUUACAAUUCCA